AUGGUUGCAUUAUUGCAUAAGGUAAGAAGAAUGGGGUCAGAGGGAAGUGAGAAGCACAUGGUGGUUACUCAAGUUAGUGUUGGUGGUUUCGACAACUAUGUAACUGCAAAAAUGCUCUGCGAUUACUUGGAAGCUAACAUUGGAGCUGUUUGGAGGUGUAGAUUGAAGACUUCUUCAACCCCUCCCAAUUCUUACCCAAAUUUUAUGAUUAACCCGGCGAAUGUCCUGACAACAAACGAUUACAAGAAGGUGGAGCCUCACGCAUUUGUGCAUUUUGCCAUUCCAGACUCUUCAAUGUUAGCUCUGGAUUAUGCAGGGCGUGGUGAGCUUAUAUUUGAAAAGAAACCUCUGAAAGUAAGUUUGGGGCCCGAGACUCCACAUCAUAUGAAUCAGAGGAGAAGGACGACAAUCCCCUUCAAGUUAUCUGAUGUGCGUGUUGAGAUUGGAGUCUUAAUUAGCCGAGAUGAGUUCUUUGCUGGUUGGAGAGGUCCUGCUACCGGGGUUGAUUUUCUGGUGGACCCUUUUCAUGGGACAUGCAAAUUCCUUUUCACGAAUGACACUGCUUUCUCCUUCAAAAGUCCAGCCAUGCAUGCAGUCAUAAGAUGCAAUUUUAAGAUUGAGUUCUUGGUCAGAGACAUUAAUGAGAUCGAACAAGAUGCAGAUAUGUCAUCCUUAAUAGUUUUGUUGCAGCUGGCCUCCUCUCCUUUAAUUUACUAUAGAACUGCAGAUGAUGAUAUUGAAGAAUCAGUUCCGUUUGAUUUGUUGGACGAUGAUGAUCCAUGGAUCCGAACUACAGAUUUUACUCCUAGUGGGGCCAUUGGUAGGUGUAAUACUUAUCGAAUCUCAAUCCCACCUCGCAAUGGUCCAAAGCUGAAGAAGGCCAUGGAUUAUCUUAGGGAGCGGGGGGUGCAGGUAUCAAAUGACCGCCCUAGACAGCAGCUUAGGAUACGGGAUGAACCUGAUUUUGGGAUACCCAUGUCAGAUCCUUUCUUUUGUAUUCAAUACAAGAAAGGUGUAUCCUUUAAGAUUUUGUUUUUGGUAAAUGCAGUCAUGCACAAAGGCAUAAUAAACCAGCACCAGUUGCAAGACAGCUUCUUUCAUUUACUGAGAAGCCAAAGAGACGAGGUCAAUGUAGCUGCAUUGAAGCACAUCUAUUCUCAUAAAUGCCCUUUGUAUGAUGCUUGUAGGAGGCUGAAGCUUGUUCAGGAAUGGUUGCUGAAAAAUCCUAAGCUUCUUGAGAGACCUAGAGAGUUGAAUGAUGUUGUCGAAGUUAGGAGGUUGGUUAUAACCCCGACCAAAGCCUACUGUCUUCCACCAGAAGCUGAACUUUCAAAUAGGGUUCUUAGGAAUUACAGAGAAGUUGCUGAUAGAUUUUUAAGGGUUACCUUCAUGGAUGAAGGCAUGCAGACACUUAAUAAGAAUGCAAUUGACUAUUAUUCUUCACCUAUCCUUUGGGGCAUCACUUCAAAUUUUAAUUCCCAGAAAACCACAAUGUUCCAAAGAGUGAAGAGGAUUGUAAGUAAAGGGUUUAAAUUAUGCGGUCGAAAAUACUUCUUUUUGGCAUUCUCAGCUAAUCAAUUAAGGGACCGUUCUGCUUGGUUUUUUGCUGAAGACCAGAAGAUUAGAGUACGUGACAUAAUUAGUUGGAUGGGGAAGUUUAAAGACAGGAACGUUGCCAAGUGUGCUGCUAGGAUGGGACAGUGCUUCUCUUCUACUUAUGCCACAGUCGAAGUUCCAUCAAGUCAGGCUUAUUUGAAACUUCCAGAUAUUGUGAAAAAUGGUUAUGAUUUCUCCGAUGGGAUCGGUAUGAUGUCAGCUGAUCUUGCGGCUGAAGUUGCAGAGAAAUUGCAGUUGAAAGUAAAUGCACCCUGUGCUUACCAGAUCAGAUAUGUGGGUUGCAAAGGUGUUGUUGCAUGUUGGCCAGAAAAAAUUGGUCGGUUCCGGCUAUCCAUAAGGCCAAAAAUGAUUAAGUUUGAAUCCAAUCACACGGUCCUUGAGAUUUGUUCAUGGACUCAUUUCCAGCCCGGAUUUUUGAACAGGCAGAUAGUGACAUUACUUUCUGCUUUGAGCGUUCAAGAUGAUAUAUUUUGGAGAAUGCAGAACUCCAUGAUUUCCAAACUGAACAAAAUGCUUGAAGACAUGGAUGUAGCUUUUGAUGUCCUUACCGCUUCAUGUGCUGAGCAAGGAAAUACAGCAGCAAUAAUGUUGGGUGCUGGUUUCAAACCUCAAACUGAACCUCAUCUACAAGGCAUGUUAACUAGUAUAAGAGCUGCACAGCUUGGGGAUCUCAGGGAAAAGGCUAGAAUAUUUGUUCCUUCAGGGAGGUGGUUGAUGGGCUGCUUGGAUGAGUUAGGGGUACUUGAACAAGGCCAGUGCUUUAUUCAAGUGUCAAACCCUUCACUGGAAAAUUGCUUUGCAAAGCAGGGCUCUAGGUUUUCUGAGACAAGGAAAAAAUUGCAAGUAAUUAAGGGCUUUGUGGCAAUAGCAAAAAACCCGUGUCUUCACCCAGGAGAUGUGCGAAUUCUGGAGGCAGUAGAUGUCCCUGGGCUGGACCAUCUUUUUGAUUGUCUGGUUUUCCCUCAAAAGGGAGAUAGACCGCAUACAAAUGAAGCAUCGGGAAGUGACCUUGAUGGUGAUAUCUACUUCGUGACGUGGGAUGAAAAUCUUAUUCCACCUAGUAAGAGAAGCUGGACGCCGAUGGAUUAUGCAUCCGCAGAAGUUGAGCUAUUGCCUGAUCCAGUCAGUCACUGGGUAAUUUUUCAUCUGUUUAAAAUCCUCUGCAUCCUUUGUUAA